AUGGCGGACCCCAGAGAUCGUCCAGACCAGGACGUGGACACUGCAGGCGCAACCCCGGGCGAGCGACUUAUCGAAGCCUGCCGUAGAAAUAAUACGGAACUCCUCCAAGAAAUCAUUGACAGCACCGGUGAUCCGGAGAAGGUGGCAAUCCUACUAAAUGAGACAAAGUCGGUGCUGGGCAAUCAUUUAUACCACGAAGCUGCCUUGUUUGGAAAUUACGAAGUAAUCGACCUCCUCCUCGACCAAGAGGGCUUCGAAUGUGACCCGAUAAACCGUCUCGAAGGCGACACCCCACUCCACAGCGCCGUCCGCUUUAUAAACAACCUACCCCAACCCCUCUCCUCACAUAACAUCGAAUUCGGCUCAGAACUCAUAGCGAUGAUGAUAGAUGCCGGUUCUGACCCUCGAAUUAGGAACAAGGCCCACCUAACCGCCGCCCAGCUCUGCGAUCCAACGAAUGUUAAGUUGAGAAAUCAACUCAAUGAUGCUAUGGAUAUUGUGCAGAAUCAAGGGGAUUAUAUCGUCGAGGAUGAGGAACCAGAGCCAGGGGAUGAGGACGAUGUAGGGAGUGGAAGCGAUAGUGAUUUUGAUGCCGAGGAGUACCGGAUGGCGAAGCAAAAGCAGAAACGUUAA